AUGUAGCUUAGUUCGACCCAAUAUGGCUGUCCUCCUCUAGUGAAGAAAGAUGAUGUGAAACUUGACAAGGUGACUUCUAGGUGAUGGAGUUUAAUGGAAAGCCAAUUAUCUUCUGCGAAUAUGAUGAUGAUUUCACGUUAGGAGAUGGCUACGAUGAUGGCAAUCAGCUCAGCCUAGGAAAUGACGGGAUUUUUCUGUUGACAUUUUUCAUUGCAUUUAUAUUUAACUGGAUUGGAUUCUUUUUAUCCUUCUGCUCAACCAACACCAUUGCAGGCAGAUAUGGAGCCAUCUCUGGAUUUGGGCUGUCUCUUAUAAAGUGGAUUCUUAUUGUAAGGUUCUCGGAUUAUUUUAUCGGCUAUUUUGAGGGGAAAGUUUGGCUCUGGUGGAUUUUUCUUGCUGUCGGGUUUUUGCUUUUCACGAGAGGUUUCAUCAAUUAUGCAAAGGUUCGGAAGGUGGCUGCCAAGAUCGCCAGCUUGAAAAAGUCCAGGUUCCUUUUUAUUUACUGAUGAUUUGGAAGCUUCAUUCCACUCUCUGGGUUAAUUUUGAAUUCAAUAGAAAUGAAAUGUGGAGAUGUAGAACGGAUGACUGAACCAAUAUCACCCAUUUUGCUCAAAGUCAAAAGCACCUCCUGUUUGAUAUUUGCCAGCCUACUCCCUCCCGUAAUACCCUGCUUCAUUGUGUGGUGACUUUGUCAAACAACGACAACAAGAAUCGCACAUCUUAUAGGAUGAAUUAAAAAGUAAUCAAAAUGCUUUUCUUUGGGUGGCUUUGCUUUCCAUGCCACAUGAAAAAAGAUCUGUUAGGUACAGUAUGCUUUCUAGUUGUGCUGCUUUCAAAUAAUGUUACAAAAAGCGUGUAAUUAAGCAGUUUAUUUCCUCAAGGACUCCCUUUCUAGUUUGGGUAAACUGAAAUCAUAUUCAUUGCUUAAUAAGCUGUGGGAGAUGUAAUUCAAUGUUGAAUUGAAUGUUCUUUCAUCAAAAGAGGGCAGUGUUGCUUUUAUUUUGAGAUAUGAGACAAUUGGAAUUUGCAAGCUGCUAGUUGAGAAUAGGCUGGACUCUUGGAAAGUGCCAUUUAUUGCCCAGAUGUUUUCAGCUGCAUGAUAAAAAAUAUAGUAAAAAAAAAUUAUGAAUUGCAACCUGCCUUCAGAAUUUUCUCAGUAAAGAUACCAUUUAAUAGUGAAAUUUAAAAUAUUUGAUGAAACCGUUGGCAACUACCACGUUUUCACAAUUGUGGAAGGAAAUCAGUCGCACACUGUCACUGAUUUGAUCAUCUGUAAAUGUUUGUCCUGGAGUGUCAGUGGGUUUACAUAGUGAGUAGCAGGGCUAUAUAAACCAGGUAUGUCCCAGGGGUGAUUCCAGUGCACACUGGCAUAGCUGAACUCAGCUGGGAUUACAAAAGAACGGUUCUACAACUGACCUCAGCAUUCCUUGUUUAGGAAGGGGGAAAUUGGUCAUUGACACACUCCUGCUCAAUAUCUGGCACCCCUCACUGACAAUGCACAUCUGGCCGAGGUUAGGUCAACACCAGCUGUGAUGCUCAACAUAGUCUAAUAGCAUUCCAAUAGCACUGUCAAGCCUUAUACAUGAAUUGAAACAGUUCUGGUGCUGAACAAGAGGGCACAUGGAACCAUAUCUCAGCAAGGAUUUAAUGACUUCCAGAUAGAAGGAUGAAAAUUUAAAAAAUAAUACUUGCUUCCAAGAACAAUUGUUAUCCCUAAACAGAAAAUCCAUUAUAUUUAGCAUAACUGCUACCUAGUCUAUAUUAGCUUCUGAUCAGUAAUACCCUGGUGAAAUGUUUUGAAUCCCACUACUAUCAAGUUGAAUUUGAAUUACCUGAACUGGUGCAACAAGAUGAAGUGACUUGGAUUAAGGUGAAAAGGACAUAUAUGUCUUGAAAUUACACUGCAUGUUAAUAGGUAUAAAUGCCUAACAUGUAUAUCUUAACAUGUUCAUCAGUUCCCUCUGAAAUUGGUCACUCUGUAAUUUCAACCCAUUUGAAGUAAAGAGUUAGUGCUUCUGCUAAAACAACAGGGAGUUGAAUUUCAGAUGAGUACAAUAAGUGUUUGCAGCUUAUUAUCCCAUGGCGUAAUUUCAAAGCCUUCGGCAUUGUGAGGGCGCAUUACAAUCCUUUCUCCCAUAUUAACCAGCCAACUGAAGAGUGUGUGAGUCUGAGAGCGCACACUAUAAUCACAUGUUCACCAGAUGACAGAUUCAUGAUUUACAAUGUGGAUUAAGAAACCAUGUGCAUUUCUUAAUGUAAAACACAUCCUUAUUGCUCAGAUUUAAAGACACACUACCCUCAAUUUUAAACAGACAUAGCCUCUAUUAGCUGCAAGUCUUUCUAAAAUGCCUUUAUUACUAAUGUGCUGCUUCAUUGUGUAAUUUUAAUGAUUACUUGAAAAAAAAAUCAAAGCAGUAUUGCAAACAUGCUAUAUACAGGAAGGUUUAUUCUGUCCUAGAAGUAUUUAAUUCCAACCUGUAUAGAUGUAUGGUGCCGAGGGAAAAGCAUCCCUUUGCACAUUCUUCAAACUGUUGUGACAUUUAUGAUGGAAAAAUAGGACCUAAAAUGUCAUGGAGGUCUCCUGAUCCCCUGUUGUAACUUGGUGGCAGAUCAGUGAGAACCUCAGAGAAAAAGUAAUUUUCUUGUUGACACAAUAUCUCUGGUUGUUCCACUGAUCUCUGGCUGAAAAGGUCUGUGGAAUUUCCAGGCGAUCAUAUCAAAGCUGGCAGUAAUCAUUGUUACAAUGAUCUCUCUCCAGCUUUACCUAAUGGUGACAUUAGAAGAAACUAGCUGACCUGUAUGACCUGCAUUUUUCUCCAUUUGGCGCUGGUGUUAGUCAAAAUGUGCUCCAGACUCAACAAAAUAUGUAUUUUAUGUAGCUAAUGAUUUAAUGGAAAGCUGUAUAUAUGUAAUUUGAUUUGGGUUUCUAAUGGUUGAUUGGGUGGAACUUGAUAUAUUUGUACUUACAUCUUCAUUGUCAUUAUACUUAAUACAACUCAAUAAAAUCUUAAUUUCCAGAAGAUUGACAUGAGCUUUACAUAAAUAUACCUUUCUAUUAGUCAUGCAAUUGAAGUUUUACGAUGACUGUCCUGGAUAAGAAAUAAUAAAUAUUCAUAUGUUUGA